AUGAAAGUCCUUGUACCCGUGAUUGCCGAUGUCAUAAUUGUAGAAAUGUUAACCAUAGCAGCAACACAAGCGGAAGAGAAAAUGGAAUGGAUGAAACUGCUUUCAACAACGGUUGUCGAUGUGGACAAGGAAACAAAUCUAAAGACGACGACCUAAUGCAAGAGUCGUGUCGAGAUGGCAGUCGAAAAUCGAGAUGUCCGUGUGUUGCAAGAGGUAUUGGAUGUACAAAUCUUUGUAGGUGUAUACUGACUGUGCAAACAUCAUGCAGGCUCGCGUCGCCCAAGUAACACCAAUGAAGCAAAGAAAAAGAAAGAGAGAAUUAGUUUCUCCCUACAAAAGGAAAAAAGGAAAGGAGUUUAUGGAAGACCAUAAAGCAUCUAUCAGUUCAGGGACCUGGAGAAAUCUAGAAACAUUUUGUUUGAUAGUAUGCCGAGAGGUGCUGUUAUCCCAUAGCAUUUCGGAGAAUCCGGGAAAUUUGAAAUUGUUGUACAAUUUCGUUGCCCAAUCUGAUAGCGUUAAGGCAAUGUUACUACCCAUUAGUGUCAAAUCUACCUCACAAAUUGCCGCAAAAAUAGCAUACUUGAGUAAAUUCCAUGAAAUUUGAAAAAAUCUGACAAUGGACUAAUCUUGUAACGGUGUAGUCAAGAUACGUUCAAAAUUUUAAGUGGCACUCCCUUUUAUAGUUGCCGACAUCACGAGGCAAAAAGCGAUAGUGACAAUCUCGACUGAAUGAAUUAGUGACCUUCAAACUAUAUAUCGGUGUAUUACGUAUCGCACAGAGUUAAGUGUUUGUUUAAUUUUAAUUUUCAGUCGUGCCACUGUACGGAAUCCAACUUAUCUUGACACAACUGAUAUCGCCCAUUGUAUUAUUCCUUAUAGCCGCAAAAGUUACAAUCAAUUCAGAUAUAAUAAUUUGGCAUAUAAGGUGA